AUGGAUGCUAUACGUGGUCGUUACGACGACGCCCUGAAGAUCAUCGAGCGCGCUCUGGUUAAGCCUGGGGAUGGACGUCAGGGUCGCACGGAGCUUCGGGUCAACCAAACGGUUCCAGGGAUGGCUGGCCUGGACUUGCGACCAGACUUACAAGUUUAUAACCACGAUACCCGCAUGGUGGCGGUGGUGGACUUGGCUAUUGCGUUUGACCAGCAAGACGGUUAUGACUCUUCAUGCUCAGGAUUGGUUAAGGUAGCUGUGGACAAGACGAUCAAGUAUGCUGGAACCAAGCGUCACCUUUAG